GGCAUUUCCAUGUUCUCCUAGUUGGUCAAAGAAGAGACACGGAAUAAAGAAAAGCAACGUCCAUUUCACAUUGAAAGAGGAGAUUAUUCUGAUUGCUUGAGAUGGCCACCCUGAAGGAGAAGAGGACAUGUGGGCAGCGGUGCGAGGACUUUGGACGUUUUGUGUGGAACUCUGACGAAGGAAAGCUAUUUGGCAGGACCCCUGCCAGAUGGGUGUACAUCAGCCUGUACUAUGCAGCGUUUUAUGUUAUCAUGACCGGGCUGUUUGCCCUGGCCAUCUGGACACUGAUGUACACUCUCGAUCCGUACGCACCAGACUACCAGGAUCGAUUACGUUCGCCAGGGGUAAUGGUGUGGCCAGACGUCUACAAUGAGGAGGACCUGGAGUUGGCUUACAACAUCUCUAAGGGCUCUAAGAGCUGGACUAAGAUGUCAAAGUGUCUGACAGACUUCCUCAUUCCUUACAAUGACUCCGCACAGUGGAGCAGCAGUAAAAUGCACGCGUGCCACUCUGGGCAUUACUACAUGCAGCCACAAUUUCAGGACCCAGGGCACUGUAAAAAGUUUAAAUGGUCGUGCUAUUUUAACCUGACCACGCUUGGAGACUGUUCUGGACUGGAGGAUCCGACGUUUGGCUACAAUGGAACGAGCCCGUGUGUGAUCAUCAAGAUGAACAGGAUAAUUAACUUCUUACCCAACAAUGGAACCGGCCAAGCCCCUUAUGUAAACUGCACAAUACUGGAUGGAGGAAGCAAUGUGAAUGGGAUGGACUAUUACCCUGCCAACGGCACCUUUGACCUCUCUUACUUCCCUUACUACGGAAAGCAAGCACAGCCGGCCUACCUGAAUCCUCUAGUGGCCGUGAAAAUCCACCUGACCAACAAACUAUGGGCGAAGCUGCAGUGCCGAGUGGUGGCCGAGAACAUUGCAUACCAGAACUUCUACGAGCCCUAUGAAGGCAAGGUCAUCUUCAACAUAAGCGCCUCACGCUGAAGCACUAGUGACGACGUGUGACAGUAACAACUCUCAUUGGAGAUGGUCCUGAGAUGAAAUGUAAAUUGUGUUGGUAGCAGGUGUUGAAUCCUUUUCAGAGCACAUUUAUAAAGGGUAGCCAAAUGUCUUUUUUUCUUGGUACAAGUCCUGUUUUCUUGUCCUGUCAGGGCUGUCCUAUUUGUUUUGCUGUUAUUAUUAUUAUUAUAGAGUGAUGUAAACGACCUGUUUUCUUUUCAUAUCAGUUGUAUUACUAUGAAUACAGUAUACCCUUUGACGCAUUAAUAAAGUUAUUAAAGGCUGUCAUCAAAACAUGGUCACCCUAACAUACAUGUACAGUAUGUACAGUAUUGGACAUCACUAUUAGCCUGAUAAACCAGACUAAAUGUGGAUGUCUAAUUUAGUCUGGCCUCGAUGCAUAAUACAUCCGAAGAUUGUUGAUGAUUCAAAACACAUCUUUGCGUUGUAAUUGGUUUGCCAGAUUCAUGGCAUUCUGGCUUCAUUGAAUCAUUAUGCGAGGCCAGACCCACCAGUAGACAAAACAUUUUGCUGUCCAGCGGGUGGCGCUGGUACACCAGGCUACAUCACUAUGCAUGGACAAGCUACUGUAUAUGACCCCCCCUCCUGCCCCACCCCCCUUUCUGUUUUUGUGAAGUGUCUUUUAGUGAGAUGAACUAUGAGCUGAGUACUUCAGUAACUCUUCAGAAACAAUGCAACUGCGAUACGGCAGACCACUGAUUUUUGAGUAAAUGAUCAUUAAAAUCAUUUAUAGUUCCUAGUUCUGUGAAAUAAAGCCAAAUGUACACAU